CGCUUUUUGCCGUUCUUUGGUGACGACAUUUUGUCAUAAUUUCUUUGGAAAACUAGAACAUUUCAAUAAUAUUUAGUGUAUAGUAUCACGAAAAUGGCAGACAACGAACAAAAAGCUAUGCAGCUAGUGGCGGAGGCGGAAAAGAAGUUAAAUUCGUCGAAAUCCUUCCUCGGAUCACUGUUUGGAGGAUCAUCGAAAGUAGAAGAUGCAGUAGAGUGCUAUCUUCGUGCUGCCAACCUUUUCAAGAUGGCUAAGAAGUGGCCUCAAGCAGGGCAGGCUUUUUGCAGCGCAGCUCAACUCCAUCUGAAAGCCGGUGUUCGCCACGAUGCCGCUACGAACUUUGUUGAUGCUUCGAACUGCUACAAGAAAUGUGAUGCGAAUGAGGCUGUCAAUUGUCUCAUGAAGGCGAUUGAGGUUUACACUGACAUGGGCCGAUUCACCCUGGCUGCGAAACAUCAUCAGAACAUAGCUGAGCUCUACGAGACUGAGUGUGUGGAUUUGGCUCGUGCUAUGCAGCACUACGAACAAGCGGCGGAUUAUUUCCGCGGUGAAGAAUCUACCUCCUCAGCUAAUAAAUGCAUGCUCAAACUGGCACAGUACGCCGCGCAGUUGGAGCACUAUGACAAGGCAAUUCAGAUUUAUGAGCAGAUCGCCAAAUCUUCACUAGACAACAGUCUCCUCAAGUAUAGCGCCAAAGAAUACAUGUUCAGAGCUCUCUUAUGCCACUUGUGCGUUGACAUCCUGAACGCUCAGCUUGCCUUAGAGAAGUACUGCGGCAUGUAUCCAGCUUUUGAGGACACUCGGGAGCACAAGCUUAUCAAGGAGCUUAUCGAGCACUUAGAGGAGCAGAACAUUGACGCGUUCACCGAAACUGUGAAAAUGUACGAUAGCAUAUCUCGGCUGGAUCAAUGGUACACCACUAUGCUUGUGCGCAUCAAGAAACAAAUCAACGACAAUCCCGACCUCCGCUGAACGCCGCCCGUACGUAUGCCGCCCAUCGUCGCAGCCGCCGCGUAUCCUAUUGUGUAUUUUAUGUUUUUUUUCAUAUUAUAUACCUAAAAAUUUAUUUUUACUGUUGCUUGCGUUGAGUAUAUAUUUAAAGUCUUUAUUACAUAUUAGUUUCGUGCGUUUGUUUAUUUGCUAAUGAUUGUUAGAACUAAUUACUUAAGUCUUUGUGAUAUAAGUGUAAGUUCUAAAUGUUUUGUUAACACAAUUUUUAAUUAACUUGAACUUUCUGUUCGAUAUGUACACCAUCGGCUAGCGUAAUACUAAACUGCUUAUUGAUAAGCUACCAUCGAAGGCGAAUGACGGCAAUUGGUGUUAAAAUUUCCUUUUAAAUCGUAAUUUAGUAGAAUAUUCAUUAUGCCUAUUUCAUUGUAACUGUUAGGCGCGUUACGCUCUACAUUACACUAUGGUAUCAACUUCUCAAAGGUAUAUUAUACACUUAUUCUUAAUCAUAUUCUUAUUGGUCAACUAUAAAGCCGCUUGGCGAUUUUUGCGUGAUGAAUAGUGUACUGUAGAGUCUUAGUAUUCAAGGUUUAGAAGCAUAACUUUAGGUGUUAAGUCGGGAUUUUUUUUUUAAAUCAAUUUGUUGAGUUCACCAUAAACGUUCCACUAAGUACAUUUAUUUAAAUAUUAAUUCAAGUGUUGCUACCAGCUAGCCACACGUGUAGGUAUUGUAUAUUAGUAUUUAUUGGUAUAUCUUAUUUAGUGUAAACACGUUUCCCUGAGACGAACACGCAUGAAGUGUGAAAUCCACCUCAAUGGAUAAGGACUACUCUCAUAUAAGGUAAUAUAAAUCAGUCCACGUUUAUCGAACAUUUAUUUCUUUGUAAAUAUAAAAUGUUUCGUUGUUAAUAAAUUUUAUAUUUCACUU